AUGAAACUGGUCAGAUGCGAUGUCCUCCAUCGCCCUCGUUCCUUCCGGCCGCCCCCUGUCUCUCCGACUGACACCGUCGUGUCCGCCUCUUCCACGCCCACCUCAGCCACGGCGGAGGCACCGCCCUCGAUUGAGACUUUGAGAGCGCCUGGCGGCCGCGGGGCUGCCCGCGCCGGGCAUGGAGGAAGCCCCCGCGUAGCGACAGAUUGGUCGGGGUACUGCUCAGAGGUUGCGCUACUCCUCAUCGGUGCCGAAUAUCCUCGCUGGAGCCGGCUUCAUCCUCGUCGAUCUGUAGCAGGGUGUGUCCUCAUCCGUGGCCAGGUUCUCAAUCCCUCCGAGAGCUUUCAGAACAUUGUCAUCGAUCAUCCAUCUGCUGAAUGCACAGCAUCCGUGCUUGAUGCACUUGUAUUGUUCACUGAGCUGUAUCCAAUGUAUCGCAAAAAAGAGAUAGAAAAAUGUACUGAAAGUGCAGUUAAGUUUAUUCAGAGCAAACAACAGGAUGAUGGUUCUUGGUACGGCACUUGGGGCAUUUGCUUCACUUACGGAACCUUCUUUGGGGUAAAAGGAUUAGCUGCUGCUGGAAGAACCUAUAAUAAUAGUUCUUCUAUCAGGAAAGCAUGCAACUUUCUAUUGUCAAAGCAACAAAGUACAGGUGGAUGGGGGGAAAGCUAUCUUUCUAUCGAAACGGAGGUGUAUGUUGACAACGAUGCUCCGCACGCAGUGGACACUGCAUGGGCAAUGUUAGCUUUAAUAUAUGCUGGACAGGUUGAAAUAGAUCCGGCACCACUACAUCGGGCAGCACUAGUGCUGAUGAACAUGCAGCUAGAAUCAGGCGAGUUUCCCCAGGAGGAACAUAUUGGAUGUGCUAACUCCGCCUUUUACUUCAACUAUCCUAACUACCGCAAUGUUUUCCCCGUUAUGGCUCUCGGAGAGUUUUGGCGCCGACUUAUUGCAAACCAGAACAAAGAUGGGUGCAAUUGAGUAUGAGAUACUUGAGACAAACACA